AGCCAGCUUAAAGCGGAUGAGGCCAAGCAGCUGGCAGACCUCGCACGGAAAGGAGGUGACCUCACCACAGCAACCAAGUACGAGGCCGAGUUCAAGAAGCUGCAUGCACAGGAGUCGCCUAAGCCUCCCACGCCGCUCCACCAGCGAGUGCAGCAGCAGUUUGCCGCCGCGGCUCGACUGGAGAAGGCGUUGGAUCGGGAGGUGGGCAAGCUCCUGGGCUGGAGGAACGACAUCGCCAAGCUUGAGGACACGGUGCGCACCAUGCGUGAGGAGUUGGCCACGGCCGACCAGCAGUACAAGCUGGAGGACUUGUGUGCCGACACGUUCGACCUGGGCGCCUUCCCUACAGUGGAUGAGGUCAGUUUCUUCGAGGGCGACGCAGAGCUCGAGGACAAGGGCCGCGAAGAGAUCGCCAAGCGGAAGGACGACCUCAACGCUGGGGUCCCCAAGCUGGCCAAGAUCAGGGAGCAGCGGCAGGGGGUGAUGCUGGAGCUGAAGGUGAGCCGCGUGCGGCACCUAAUCCCGCCCCUGGCACGGCGGCAGCCGACGCUGCCCCAGCUGGUGGUGGAGCCUCAGCAGCUGCAGACGAUGUGCGGGCCAAG